AUGGCCUCCCUCCAGAUCUCUCUCAAGCCGUCGCCCGCGUUCUGCAUCAAGUCUGCAGCCCUCGAGCCCGGCGUGUUCAACGCGCAUGCCUCGCCGCAGCACCCUCGCGCUCUCGCCGUGCCAAAGGGGCUCAAGGUGUUCGUCAACAUAGCAUGGGAUAAGAACGCACCGCCGCCACCAGAAGGCUCUGAAGAGGCCAUACAACGAGCGAUGCAAGGACAGGAGCUUGAUGGUCUCCACCCGGGCGACUGGUAUGUCCCCGUCAUUGUUUCAGGCGGGAGAGAAGACAAAGACAAAGCGGGCAAAUCGGCCCUCGUCUUCGACUGUGUAUUUAACUCGUCACUCAAGGGUCGCACGCUCAAAGACCUAGCGUUCAAGACCUUCCUCAUCGAACUCGCGCUGCAGCGCAUCGAGGCCGAGAGCUCGCUCCUGCUCUCCCGUACGCUUGGAACCCCGAACAUCCCGUCCAAGGGCGCGCUCCAGCCCCGUACCGUCUCCGUCCCGGCUGCGCUCUUCCCACCCUCGCACCCCCUGCGCCAAGCCGCCUCGGCCGCGCCCGCAAAAAAGCUCAUCGAGGAGAUCGCCUCCCCAUCGACCCCGCCCCCACCCCCACCCCCUGCCGCUUCGGCACGACCCAAGAAGGGAAUCCUAAAAAACACGGCGCGCGGGAACGCCGGCGCGCGCCCGGACGCGGCUGGGUCGACAACAGCUCCCGACGCGGGCACGCGCGCGGCGCAGGACCUUGCGCUCGAGACGCCCGAGUGGAGCUGGACGCCGCGUGACGACGGGCGACUGUGCAUCGCCAUCCGGGUCCCCAAGCUGACCCACGCCGACGUCCCCCGCGCCGAGCUCGACCUCGAGCCCCGCGCGAUCCACCUCCGCGUCCCCACGCUCUACGCGCUCGACGUCGACCUAGACCUCCCCGACGCCGCCCUCCCGCCCUCCCCGCCCGCAACGCGCGCCGCGCUCGAGCUCAAGCGCGCACGCGACCUCGACGUGGACGGCGCGCGGGCCGAGUGGCGCGUCGCCGAGGGCCGGCUGCUGCUUUUCGCCUGA